GUCUAGCUCAGCUUCAGAUGCCCACAAUAUACUGCAGAUAGUCUUUCAAUAAGGUAGGUCAUCUUCAUAACAGCCUCCGUUGAGUUCCACUUCGACAUGUUGAAAUGUCCCCGAAAUCAAAGCCCAAGAGCAUGUAUAUACAUAUGUAGAGGUACAUAUGACGCCAAUCGCUCGCACGGGCCAUGCGGGCGCCAUAGAGGUAAAUUUUUUCGAAGUUCCGACGUUAUCGGGGGCCAAGACAGGCGUCGGUCCAAGUUGCGCGUGAGCCGGAGCCAAUUCGAGAUCCCAUCCGUCUCGCCCACCGACCCGUCCGUCACUCCUCCGAAGAUACGAUAGCUUACUUAGUUGCCGACGGCACCACCCACCCACCCUUCCCUCCGGCUACCCGUCACCACUCUUGCGCGCAGCAGUCCGCGGUCUAUCUGCUUCGUGUUUCCCAACUGUUUAACGAUCCGAUAACCCAUCGAACCCCUCCACUUCAGUCACAAUGUCCGGCCUUUGGAACACCCUCACCGGAGGCAACAAGAAGCAGCAAGAGCAGCAAGAGCCCGCCGCCCCCGCCCCCAGCGCACCUCAGACAACCACCACCACCGCUCCUUCAUAUCCCUCGCCCUUCGAUGCUAGCCAGCCCCAAGGUGUCGAGGCCUUUCUCGGUAGCUCUUCCUUCGCCGACCCCACACAACUACACCCUCUCGCCGGCCUCAACAAGGAAACACUAGAAUACAUCUCGCUUGAGGAUACCCCGCUCCCUGAUGCCGCCGGCGCCUCAGUUUUGCCCUCGCGCGGCUUCACCGACGACCUCUGCUACGGAACCGGUAUCACCUACCUGACGGCCCUCACUAUCGGAGGCGCGUGGGGUUUGAAAGAGGGUCUCCAGAGAUCGGCCGGCCAGCCGCCCAAGCUGCGCCUCAACUCCGUCCUUAACGCCGUCACCCGUCGCGGUCCCUACCUCGGCAACUCGGCCGGUGUUGUCGCCAUCUGCUACAACCUAAUCAACGCCGGCAUUGGUUACGUGAGGGGCAAGCACGAUGCCGCCAACUCCAUCCUGGCCGGUGCGCUUAGUGGUAUGCUCUUCAAGAGCACCAGGGGUCUGAAGCCCAUGAUGAUUUCGGGUGGUAUUGUUGCGACGAUAGCCGGUGCUUGGGCGGUCACCAGGAGGACGUUCUUCCCCUCCCCGCAGACCAACGAGGUUGACUGAAGUGGGGACGAAGAAUGAAACAGGAAAAAAAAAAAAAGUCAUCUUCUGUUCCCUUCAUCCCAUGACUCUCUGGCCAUCUAUCGUUGCUCCAUGAAAAGAGUGCAUAGCUAG